GUUGAACGUGGAACGGUUUACGUGCGUGCGUAAUCUGCGGGCCUCGUGAAGUGUUAAAAGCGUUGUUGUUGUUUCGUUUUGUUUUUGCCGUUCCGGGCGGCCGGGGUGUUAAACGAGGCAUGAACGAAAACACUCGAGAACAAAUUAAGCUGUUUGCAGUGGAAUGGGCGCCCGAGAGUCCCAUCGCGGUUCUAGUUAGACUUUCAGGUGAUUUUCUCGCUAGUGAUUAAGCUGUAAACACAUUGUAGCUGAAGUUUUUGCGGUGUUGAUUUGAAGUCGGUGAACGCUAGAAAUAGUUCGUGAUAUGGUGCCAAAAAUAGCAUGGUACAUCGAAAACUUUACGAUUUUUAGCUCGGUAUAGUAUGAUGCCACUAGUGUCGAGUUCGAUGAUGGCCAUGUCAACCCAGAAACCUCGGAUAGGAUUCAGUAUCGAGUCUAUCGUGGGAAGUAGGCUAUCGAAAUCGCCGCCGCAUUAUUCCCCGAAUAGUGAUAAUUCGGAGCGACCGUUGAGUCCUCUCAGUGAUAGCAGUUACCCUAAUGAGCUUCCCACUCAUUUGAGAUUCCCGAUUACACCGUCGGACAUUCAGCGAACAUUAAGACUUCCAGUGAACUGCUCUCCUAGUGACUAUAGUUCGCGUAUACAGCAAUUGCACCAUAGUUCCUCAUCUCCAAUCGAUCUGAAUCGUAACAGUCGACUUCCGGAGUCUCCUCAAAGCCAAGAUUUAUCGCGAUUAGAUAAUAGUAAGAGUCCACCGCCACCUCAGACACGACUGACUCCCGAGGAGACGAUCUAUCGAAGAUCCAGAAGUCCGUCUCCCCAGCAUCCUUUAGUGCCGGGUUCGAUGCCAACCAGUAAGGGACCGAUCGUAGUACCCGGCAUACCGGCAGGUUUGGUUCGACCGUUCCCGGUUGGACCGCCUCCGUCCCACAUCGGGGAACUGAAAUCCAUACCACAGUUUAUGAACACCCAGGAGAUGGUUCAGGCUGCCCACAACCAACACCUUCUGGCAGCUCAGUUCCAAGCAGCUGCCGCGCUGGCCCACGUUCAGGCCGGCCAAGGAUUCCCGCCACCACAUCCGGGCCAUUUGCACAAUCCGAACAUCCCUCGCGAUAGUUACCCGCUGUAUCCGUGGCUACUGAGCCGUCACGGUCGUAAUGUGUUCCCGCCACGAUUUCCUGGAAGUUACCUGCUGCCAUUUCGAAAGCCGAAGCGAGUGCGAACAGCCUUCUCGCCAACGCAACUAUUGAAACUGGAACAUGCCUUCGAGAACAACCACUACGUGGUGGGAGCGGAGAGGAAAACGCUUGCGCAGGUUCUCAGCCUUACGGAAACACAGGUCAAAGUAUGGUUCCAGAAUCGUCGAACGAAACACAAACGGAUGCAGCAGGAGGAGGAUGCCAAAUCGCCGGGUGGUGGUGACGAUGUAGGCGGGGGAAGUGGGCACCGUUCCUCCAGUCCGGGUUGUGCUUACGACGAUGACGAUGUCGAUGAGGAAGACGAUGAACUGAUCGACAUGGAAAUGGACGACUGCCCGAGCGAUGAAGAGCAGGAAUUGAUGCAACAACAACAGCAGCAGCAUCAGCAACAGCAAAUGCAGCAACAUUUGCAACACCAUGCAUGAAGUUUAGCUCAAGAACGGUUGCUUAGGAUGAUCGUUCUUGAUUGAUUUCAAUACUCAACCGUUUAGAACGGUGGUAGACACGGAAGGAAACAGUGAUAUUAUCUGGUUAUAAUCCGACUGACUAUACGUAGAUGUUCCUGAUUUCAUGGGUGCAGAUUUGUAAUUAAUUGGAGUGUAAGCAGAAGGGAAAUUAGAAAUUUUCACGACAUAUUGCCAGAUUACGGAAUAAACCAGUCGACAUUUCACUAUUGAAAUUGAUGAUUGCAUGUGCCAAAUUUGUUCGUUGAUGUGUUGUUUAUAUAUUGAAGGCAGAUUUUUGCACAGAACCAGAAAACUACCCAAUUGGGCGAAUGUUUCUCGUGCCGUCAAUUCAACUGUUGAGUAAAUACAAUCUACCAUCCAGUAGAUAAAAUGAAAUACUCAGGUUAGGUUGAUUUCUGGUUCAGUGUAAUUUUCGAGAGAUAUUUCAUAAUGGCGGCUACAUGUGCCAAACUGGAAGCACUCAUUCGGGGGGCGGCUAAAGUGUACAGCAACUGUACAUCGUUCGCUGCGUCAUUCUGUCACAUCUAGUAAAGAACGAACCUGUGUAGCUUGUAGCUGAUUAUUUAUAUUAUUUAUUUGUCAAUUGAAGGUGAUAGAAAAUAGAAUCGAUGGAGUAGUCAUGUCUACUUUGAGGUGUGUAAAUACUUCUUUGUAUAUACCAUGUGCAGUGUAGUCGUUAAUUAAAUUAUCCUUAUAAGAAAUACAAUGCGGUGUGAAUAAGGAGGGGAGGGGAGGUAGAAGCUGCAGUUGAAUAAAUGAAAAUGAAUGUGUUGCAAUGCAGCCGCUUGAGUAAAGCUAACAAAUUCAAAGCACUGUACACUGUAUGAAUUUAUCGUUGUAGGUUCUUUGGGCAUCGAUUCGUGCUAAAAUUAGUUCGCUACAUUGAAAUAUUCGACACGAACUUGUUUCUUUAAGCAUUGAUACAAUUAUACAGAACAAAC